UUCAACUGGCUACCCAGGGAUUUGCGGCGAGCCCGAUCGAGAGACGGACGAACCACGAUGGCAGAGCCGCUCCAGCCUCCGGACAGCGAGAUGCCGCGGAGGAAGCUCAGCUUCUCUGACAGCGACGGCCUCAGCACCUCGACGAGCGCUGCGCCCGAGCGGAUGCAGGCCUUCGUGCGGCUGCGGCCGCUGAGCGGGAAGGAGGCGCGCGCGACGAUCGCGACGACGGAGACGGACUGCACCAUCUCGCUCAACAAGCCGUCGGCGCAGGGCUACGGCACCAUCGAGGAGCACUCCUUCUCCUUUGACGGCGUCUUUGGCCCGGACGCGUCGCAGCCAGAGGUGUACGAGGCGGUGAUGCGGCCGCAGGUGCAGGCGCUGCUGGAGGGGCGCGACACGCUCACCUUUGCGUACGGCAUCACCAACGCGGGCAAGACGUACACCGUGCAGGGCGGCGCCGCCCCCGAGCAGCGCGGCGUGCUUCCGCGCGCGCUCUGCUCCAUCUUUGGCGCCCUCGACGCACUGCGCGCGGGGGGAGAGGCGGCGGCGGGGUCGAGGCUGGACCCGAGCUGCUCGUACAAGGUGGCGGCCUCCUUCCUCGAGAUCUACGGCGCCGAGGCGCACGACCUCCUCGCACCCGCAGAGAAGGCGGGCAGCUGGUGGCAGGGCAUCCGCGGGCGCGGCCCUGUGCCGCUCCGCAUCAAGGAGGGGGGCGGCAAGGUGUCGGUCGACGGGCUCAAGGAGGCGGUGUGGGCGGACCUGGCCGAGGCGCUCGCGGCCGUCGAGUACGGCUGGGCGAACCGCCAGUCCGCGUCCAACGGCGUGAACGACGUCUCGUCGCGCUCGCACGCGGUGCUGAGCAUCAAGCUGCUGGUCACCCCCACGGGCGAGUCCAAGCCCAAGGUGACGAGGCUGACUGUUGUCGACCUCGCCGGUGCGGAGGAGCAGACUCAGGGCACGCAGCGCGUGCCGCCCUAUAGCAACUCGCGCAUCACCAUGCUCUUCCGCGACUUCCUCUCCGGCUCGGGACAGACCGUCGUCAUCGCCGCGCUCAACCCGCGCGCGAUCGACGCGC